CUCUCUGCCCGGACACAAACACCACUGCGCGUAAUAGACGACUUUUCCCGUUAUUAGAAUCACGAAAAAACUCUCUUUAUGGCAUGUGAAAUGCCAUUAUAGGAAAACUUUUAACUGUUCACAUAUUAACCUCGAGUUCAAGCGCGACAACAUGGGAAAAGUGAACGUCUGCUUGAAACGGAGUUACAUUAUCGUGAUAAGUUUGAUCGCGAUUGUCAGUGCCCUGCUGUUGGCUGCCACUCUCUUUAGCCAUGGAUACUUCCACGAAGAUGAAGAGAUAGAAAAGAUGCUUGCAGGUCUUCAUGCCAUGUAUAUUAUUUCCAUCAUAACUCUGGUUUUGACUAUCAUUGGUGUGUAUGGGGCUUGCAAAGAGAAGCAGUGGGCACUUAUAGUGUUUGUAGUUGGAAUGAUCCUGGCCAGUCUCUUCAUGAUUGCAAUUGAAGUUCAAGGACUGGCUUUGCGACCACAGGAGGCCGAAGAAAUGAAGAACUUUUACCUAAAUAUGCUGCCGCUGAAUAAUGCCAGUGAGCCUAUCAUAGACAGCCUCAAGGAAGUACAGACAGAGUUGCAAUGUUGUGGACUGGAUCAGGGCUACCUAGAUUGGGGCAAUUACAUCCCAGAGUCCUGCCUGUGCGUUGAGGGGUCCAUUAAUCCAUGUGUGGCAGCUCCCAGAGACAGCAGUGUGUUUGAGCACACGGCCGAUGAUCAGCCCAUCAUGAUUUAUAAAGAGUCAUGCCUUCCAUACUUGAUUGAGCAUGAGAUGAUGGACAUAAAUAUUGCAUUGGGCGUAAUGCUGGGAAUCACAUUAUUCUGGAUAUUGUCAGUGGUGUUGUGUAUUCUCAUUUUAUGUCGGCUGAAUCAGAAGGAAGACACCCCUGUGGUGGUCUACAGUGCAGAGGCAAAAGCAGGCAACUACACUGUUCUUGGAGACGCAGCAGAGUACACCUGAGAGGGAUUGGGUCGAGGAUACAGACUGUUUUUAUGAUGUGUAAAUAUAUCAGAAGUGGCCUCCAAAAAGUAAAGUUGCACGAAAAGCCAUAUUCUUUUUAUUUCUUUCUUGAAUGUAUUGGUUUUGGUAGUUUCAAUUUGUUUUAUCCCUUUUAUUCAUGUAUGUCCUCCAGAAGAUGCAUGUUUUUACAAUGGAAAAUUGUGGGAUGUGAAAAUGGCCAGAAACAGGGCAAACUGUGAAGAGUUUUUCUUUGUUACAAUCAAAGAAAAUCAAGAUACAUAAGCUGUAUAUUAUGUUGAAGACCUACAUGAGAGAGGUGGGACAAACUAACACUUGUAGCGCUGUAUGUCCAGCGCUUUGCCUUCCAAUGUCCUCAGUGGGCAUCAAAUAUUUCAAAUGAGUGUCUUAAGUAAAAAAAUACAUUUAGACUUCCAGAGGUAUUUUAAUCCCAGAUUGGAAUUUAGUACAUGAACCAUGUAAGAAUUUACAAGCAGAAAAAUGAGGCAUAUUAUAUGAAAACAGUUAAUUCAAAUCAGAUGGUUAAAGGAAAUGUGGUUUUACACAAAAAAGCACUGAUGAAGUUGUGUACAAAAAUGUUUACCUUACAGAUGUAUUAGCUUAAUAAGAAUGUAUGUACUUUGUGGUUUUGUAGCUUUCUGUAAUCUUUAUAUAAUUUUCUGCCAAACUUUGCGUACACUUUUAUUAUUUGAUUUUAUCAUUAUUUCAACUUGUUUUAAUUACAAUUUGAUUAGAGAAGCUACUGGACCUUUUGCAACAUUUUAUAGCACAGUUAUAUAUAAUAGGAUGUCAUUGGUACAUAUUGGUAUUACAUGACAGUAUUACCAGGAUCCGAUGCUUUGGUUCAUGGCAGGAAGAAAUAUGAAUACAGAUAACAGGGGAGGUGCAACUGAUAAAUUAUUUUACAUGUUUUGGGUGCCAAAGAAGCAAAUCCAAAGUCAUACAACAACCCUGCCUCUUAUUCUUUAGCAGAACUGAAUCACAGCCUCCUAUCACUCCCUGAGGCCCUGCAUAAAAAAGGAGAAUGUGGAAAGUCAACCCAGCCAGAAUAAAUGUUGGCAUUGCACUUUUCAACAAACCAGGGAUAUGUUACAUUUACACAUUUCAUAUGUACCAGAUGUGUUGAAAUUUUACAUUUCUUUAAAUUUCAGUUUUCAAUUUUAUGUUUGUUGUGACGAGACUGUCAUGAAUUUGUUGUUAAGUUUAGCUACAAAAAAAUAUGUUUUUACAGUUGGGAAGAUGUCAUAUUUUAAAUUACGUUACCGGAUUUGGUUGCUCUAAACAAAGCUGAACAUGUCCCAAACUCUUGCUAAAAAAUACAGUGUUUUGUCACAACAAGCACAAAUGGAAAUGACCUGACAUGUCAUGACAAAAUAUCUGGUUUUGUUGCAACAAACAUGGCUUGAAAUGUCCCUACGUGUCAUUAAAAAAUACCCAGUUUUGUUGCAACAAACACAGUUUUCUAGCUACACACCCGUCUUAUGCAGACGUGUAGUUAAAAAUACCUGCUUUUGAUGUAUGUUUGUCUCUGAACAAUUGUCUCCUGCUCGGCAGCCGUUUUAUGGCGGUAUUAUGGAUGGUGGAUGGCAUCCACUAUCCCCUUUUCCCCUGAUGAGAAACUUAUAUACAUUUAAUGUGAAGUACGUCAGUUUGGAAGUGUUGAUUCAAUAUGAAUUGUAUAACAUGACUGUGGUUUGCAGAAAUGCACACUUCCAUCAUUUUAUUCUGACUGGGCUGAGGAAAGUUCAGGUGUUUAUCCUCGCCCCGUCUCCUAAUCAGGUGUCAUACAGUAUGUGUGACUUUACUUGCAUCAUGCUUAAACAUGUAACAGCUGCAAUGUUUUCAUGGACUUGUGUUUCCUGGUUUUCCACAAAAAUAAACAUCAGGACUUUUUUUUUCCAUGAUUGUAGCCAAAUAUGUUGUCAUGAAAAAGAUAUGCUCAGUGAUACAAUAUCUAUUGUCUGAAGACAAAAGGAUGUGUAACUUCAAAUUAAAACAAGUAAUGCUAAAUUA